AUCAAGUACAAGGUGUAUAAUGAAGGCUAUGGGAGACAGCCUUUUUUCUGGAUAAGGGAUUUCUUGAUAACAGAUCCCAUACAAUAGUUACACAUCAGAAGGUCACGGAGCUGAUGGUGGUCCUGGCUUUUAUAGUAAUUCUAUGGAACAUACAGGCUAAACAGGUGUGGCCUUCAGGCUAAUGGUAAAUGCUCAGAAUAUUGCAGUGUCUUCAGCAAUUAGAAAAUCCCAGUAUAACCUUUAUAAGGCAUAAUACUUUCUUUUUGACUACAUACUGCCAAUAUCUAGAUGUCUAAGCACUAUAGUAAAAUAAAAAUGUACAGUAUGGCACCCAUGUGGCACCUCGUGCAGGUAUAACAACCCAAAGGCAUAGAAUCUGUAUUAUGUCUAAUGGAUUUUUAGAUUAGAAUUGUGCCUUACAGCUAUGUCUCUUAUUCCCCUGUAGUCAGAUUGGCGUGGCUUACGUGACACAAGUACAGCGUUGGCUACAGAUGUAGGACUAAACUUGUACACUAAGAAAGCGCCUCCUUUGAUAGCACGAUGGGUUCCCUUCACUGCCGUGGCGGCUGCCAAUUGUGUCAACAUUCCUAUGAUGAGACAGCAAAAGAGAAUGGAGUAUCAUCUUGAGGAGGAGACUGUUGAUUUUAAAGAUUUAGACCAGGCCCCAGUGAUGAGAUCUUGGGGGUCUCUGAUGGACCUUAGGGACAUAGAGGAGGUAGAUGAAGAACCAUCAGAGGUGGAAGAGAAGGACAAUAUUACAUUAGAUCAAGCCCCAGUGAUGAGGUCUUGGGGGUCUCUGAUGGACCUUCAGAAUGGAGAGGAGGCAAAAGGAAUAGAACCAUCAGCAAAGGACUGGAGACCAAAACUUGAUGUCCCAAAUUCGAAGGUGGAAGAAGAGGAGAAUGAUAAAAACUCAGAUCAAGCCCCAUUGAUGAAUUCUUGGAGGUCUCGGGGUGGAGAGAAGGCAGAAAGAGAAUCAUCAGCAAAGGACAAGAGACCAGAAAUGGAUCUCCUAGAUUCAAAAGUGAAAGAGGAGGAGAAUGAUGAUAAAACAGACCCAGCCUCAGUUAGGAGCUCGGGAUCUGUUAAAGAUCUGAUUCAAGAAAAAGAGCAGGAAGUUGAGAGAGAUAACAUCGAUAUGGAGAAAGCAGAUGUCCUUCCAACAAAAGGCAACACUGAUUCCACUAAAUCAGAAGACAAAGGGGCUGUUGAAAAGAAAACAAUCAUCUUGCAGAACACCACUCGACUGUGGAAGCCCAAGUUGCGGCGCCCAACUUUUGUUUUUGUCAAACAAAAUGUCAUGCCAACUUUGAAAGAAGGAGAGUUAGAGCGCCCAACUGCUGAUACCACCAAAGCAGACAAUGGGCCUGUAAAUGUCACCCCAAGGUGGAAAAAAGAUGAGUCACGUCGCCCAACUGCUAAUACCACCAAAGCAGACUAUGGGCCUGUGAACAGAAAAAGAAAAAUGGACAAUAUCAAUAUAGAAGAAAGAGACGGCAUGCCUAAAACAAAGGACGAAAGAGGCAAAAUGCCUAAAAAUAUGAAUGAAAGAGGCGGCAUGCCAAAGAAAAUGGAUGGAAGAGACGAGAAGGCUAAAAGGAGAAAAAUAACCUUUGAAGAUUUCCCCCCAAAGUGGAAGAGAGAGAGGCAACAUUCUUGGAACCAUGCCCCUCGAAAUCACACUGGCAGAUGGAAGAAAGACAAGCAAGCAUGCGUAAACAAUGGAUUCUUUACUUGGAACAAGCCAACUAUUCAAGUCAGAAUAGAAAUGAGGCCUGAAAGAUGUUACCAGCGAAAAUGGAGCCAGCCUAAGGGCAGAACACGAUUUCGUCCAUAUUAAGAACUCAUUCAUAAAAAGUUGCAGGGCCUAAAAGAUCUUACCUGCAAAAAUGGAGCCGGCAUAAGAGCAGAAGAAGUUUUCGUCCAUAUUAAGAACGCAUUGAUAAAAUGUUGCAGGGCCUGAAAGAUCUUACCAGCAAAAAUGGAGCCGGCCUAAGAGCAAAAGACGAUUUCGUCCAUGUUAAGAACGCAUUAAAAUGUUGCAGGGCCUGAAAGAUCUUAACAGCAAAAAUGUUGCCGGCCUAAGAGCAGAAGAUGAUUUCAUCCACUUAAAAACGCAUUAAUAAAAUGUUGCAGGCCUGAAAAAUCUUAUCAUCAAAAAUGGAGCCGGCCUAAGAGCAGAAGACGAUUUUGUCCAUUUUAAGAACGCAUUAAUAAAAUGUUUUUCAGUUUAUUGAAACUGUUCUGUUUAGUUGAGUAGUGGCUGUAGGUGUAAGAGACGGGAGUGUGACUGCAGAGGUAGUGGGAACUUUAGUGUGAAUGUCAGUAGAUCGUUAUUUCAUUGAUAUAGGAGAUAUAAACAUCUUAGGGUCGGGAAGAAAAUUCCUAAAAUAUGAGACAGGUAAUGAAGGACAAUAGGUUUGAAGUGACAGACAAUGUUCAUUAGGGCUCACUGACCAUAGAGAAGAAGCUGUACUAUACAGAUAGAGCCAGCCUGGUUUGUGUGUCUGGCGCGCUGUAACUAAGUGGGAAACGCGCUAUGUGCGCUAUAUGCAGUUCCUCACGUUGCCUUGACGAACAAAAAAAAUUCCAUUCAACUGCAUUACUGAAAAUGAA